CCAGGCUUGCAGCCAACCCAAAGGUUGAAAUAAUCAGCAGCAAUCAUACUUUCUCAAUUCUGAAAUUCUUUACCACAUGGGCAAUAAAUGUUUCCUAUUUCUACUUGUCUUGGUCUGUUUGUGCUCCAAGAGCCAUAGCUUUUCAUGGCCCUUCUCUUCUUUUUCUUCUUCUACAAUUCCUCCAAACCAUCAUGUUCCGAAGAAGGAAUUAGUCGGCAGCAGAGCUGACUUCUCAAUUGAAGGCAUUGAAGACCGCAAGGGAAUGAGAUUGGUUGAGGAUGCAAAGAAGAAACUGGUGGCCUCCAACAGUUGUUGGCAAAAUGCUUACCGAAAUCUAUUUUCUAGCUGUAAGGAUAUCAUUUCUGAUAAAGAGAAGCAAUCGAGGUUAUCGUGGCACCUCAGCGAUUGCUUUCAGGAGGACUCUGGUAGGUCCAACUUCCCUCCCUGUGAUGCAGGAACUCCAAUGCUGAAAUGUCUUAAGAAAUUGGAUGAAACCGAAUAUAAUAUCUACCUCCAGUUCUUCCUUGAGACCAAUUCCAUCUGCCACCAAUUACAGACUGAAGCAUUCAAGCAUGAUACAGAGAGGUUGAUCAAUGAUCUUUCUCAAUCUGCUCGAUUUGCAGAGGAUCAAUUAGUGAUAAUAGAAGAGAGAUCAGAGAGGCUACUUCAAGACUCCAAAAGUGUUCAGGACUCAUUGACUUCAAUAGAUUUCCAAACCCAACAUAUUGCCCAAGCGUCAAAGGAUGUUGAAGCUCAGCUCCGAGAUGUGGAAAAGCACUCUGUGGCAAUUAUUGAGCAAUCCAGGGGAAUAGCAGAAUCUUCUCUGGAAAUACAAGCAGGCCAGUUCAGGAUGAAGGAGAACUUGGAGUUGGGCAUGGCUCAGUUCACAAAUCCCGAGAGUUUGGUUGAUGGCUUGGCGAUAUUGAGGGAGGAUGCUAAGAAAAUAGAGGGUGAAAUAGAAGCAGUGGGGGAGUCCAUGUCUUCUCAGAUGCUAGAUCUUCAAAGGAAGGCUAAUGACAUUGGAGAUGUGGUAGGCAUGUCCUUGGAGAGACACAAGCAACUUCUGGAUGGACAGUCUCGGGCGAUGGAAGGCCUUGAUUUCCUUACAAGAUCUCAAUCUGAAGCAAUCGAAGAAAGCCGGAAAAAUGUGGAAAAGCUGGCAGAGCUUGGUCACAAGCAGCAAAAGGAGUUACUUCGUAGACAAGAAGAAAUCCAACAGGCUCAUGAUCGUCUAAUCCAAAAUUCACAAUCGAUACUGGCAGCUCAGGAAGAGUUUGAAUCAAAACAAGCAAAUAUUUUCGCUGCUCUGGACAAGCUCUUUGCACUGCAUAAUGCCCUUUUGGUUGAAUCCCGUUUCAUCAAGUCAUUCUUCUUCUACUCCUCUGUGAUCUUUCUUCUCUACAUGCUUACUAGUGCAAAACAAACUUUUGGCAUCAGAGCCCGCCUUUAUCUAGGUCUUUGUAUCACAUUUAUGAUCGAGCUAGCUAUAAUUAGACUUGGAGAGGAUGACUUCAAUCGGCAAACAUGGAUAAUGUCCAAAAUCUUUUUAGCUAGAUCAUCGUUUUUAGUUGCUGCCGCUAUUCAAAUCUUGCAUUCCAUCUUUACUUUCAGAGACUAUGAAGUAUUAAACCAUCAGUUGCUGCAAACAUUGGUCGAGAAGGUUCGCAAUAUGGAACAAAACUCAGGGAACAAAUUCUUGUCUUAUAGCAUGGAGAGUGAUACAGAUAUAAGUCAGUAUUCAUGGAUAGAUGAGGAAUUGCCAGAAGAUGUAGGUGUUGAUGUGGAUCCCAAUUAUGUCUUGCCAGAAGAAGUUGCAGAGAAUUCUAUCACUACAACCCCAGUCAGCAGAAAAUAUGAUCUUCGGCCACGUAGAUGUCGAUGAAGUUUUGUGGGAAGAAUUAUGUAUAUAUUGAGUCCUAUACCAAAAACUGCCAAUCUUCGGCCACAUCUCGAAAAACAUAUUAGCGAUACUUGAUGAUUUAUCUAUUUAUAAUAAAAGUGAUUUUUCUCCUUACAUGAUCCAACUAUCUUCUGAUGUUGUA